AUGAACAUUUAUGACGUUUUCGACAAUUUAGUUACUAGUCAAGAAGUGAGUUUUUUCGGGACUUUUUUGUUUUUUUGAAAUUUUGAACAAGGAAAAAUAAAAGUACAGGUUUCUGGAUUCUUUUUUUUCGAAAACAUCACAGAAUGCGAAUUCUUGGGAUCAUUCUGAAAAUUAAAUUUCCCCCGAAGAUUUUUUUUUCUAAUUGAGAAAAUAAAACAUUUUUUUUUAUUUCAAGCAAAAUAAAAAGUUUUCUGACUUCCAUUUCUCUACUCUGUGAUUUUCCAGUCCUUCCUCAUCAUACUAUGCGCCACCGUAAUAAUUGUUGUCGUUAUUGUCGCAUCGCUUCUGAUGAAAACUCAGAAACAGCUAAAUUGGUAGGUUAAAAAACCCAAACUCCAUUCUCUGAAAAACACUAUUUUGUUUAGGUAUGAACAAAAUGUUCUGGAAAUGGGAUCUUCACCAUUACAUGUUCGAUGCACAUCUUUCAAUCGAACAAACACUGAAGAAACAACACCAUUUGACACGUUAGUUCCUUACUUUUUUUCAAAUGAAUAUGCAAGUACAACAUGUGUUUUUAGAAAACCAACACUUCUGGAAUGUUUCCGAGAUUCACCGAUACCAAAAGGAGAUUUGUCAAAUUUAUUCAUGAUUCCAAAAGCGAAAAAGGGCCCGAGGAGUAUGUUCUCAAAUUUGCAUCAGAAUCAAUUUGAUCGUGGAUUAUACCAAUUUCCGGUAACUAUACGAAUGAAAACUUAUCUUUAUAUAAAGAUGGGAAAAUUGAAUUUAGGCUAGAACAUAAUGAGAAAGAAUAGAAAAUGUGAAGAGGGGUUCUAUAUUUAGAAGUUCAAAACAAGGAUAGGUGGAAAUAUAUUUUCGCACAGGAAAAUAUUCACUUGAUAAAAAUCAUACCACCGUUGAAAAAACACGGAACAUUUGUUGGAUAAAAUUUUACAACCAAAAAUUUUUCAGACCCAAAUGGGCGAUGAAUCAGCGUGCAGUUCAGUGACUAUGACAACAUCAGGAUCUCUCCAACUCAGUGUUAGCCACGACGUCAAUCUCAAUUUGCUUACUGUCAGUGUCAAACAAGGACUUGAUCUACCAACUCGGAGAGAAGAUGAUCAACCAAAUCCAUUUAUGAAAGUCUCGCUAGAAAUUCCAGAAUCCAAAAAACCAAAUGUUGAACAUCAAACUAAAACAUAUAUGUCAACGUCAUCUCCACAAAUCAAUGAAGAUUUUUAUUUUCCGGUAUGAAACCCUUUUUUUUCUAAUUUCUUCCCAUAAUCGAAAUUUCUGCAGGUCACUGCACAGCAAUUGAGCACUUGUCGUUUGGAAGUUAUGGUUUAUGAUUAUGAUCAAUUCAGUGUUGAUGAAUGUGUUGGAUAUUGUUGGUUAACACUUGGAAGAAUUAAUGAACAAUUUGAGCAUGACACACCAACUACAUUUUGGGCGGAGGUUUUGCCAUAUGAAGAUGGGGAAAGUGUGAGUAACAUUAAAACAAUAAAAUUUUCUAUUCGAAAGAUAAUAGUGUUGGAGAAUCAUAUUUCAUGCAUAGCUGCUGUACUUGAAAAUUUUAAUUUUCUAUUGUAAAGAAUUACCGAAAACUUUUUUAUUUCGAAAGUACACUAAACUGGUUAAUAUGUUUUUAGUGACGCAAAUUCAGAUAACAAAAUUGUGUUUAGCGAUAAUUCAUCGGCAACAUUUUGACUCUCAAUCUUUGCUUGGAAAAAAAACUAAACAUCUAAUGAUGAAUAAUUCAAAACAUCAUAUCAUUUCUGAAUGUGAAUAAAACAUUAUUGGUCAGAUUUUCGAGUUCCGCAUGCGAUCUAAAAAUAAUGACUUAAAAAAAUUUCCAGAGGGAUUAUUUGAACAUUUGAAAAAUUUUUUUAAAAAAUUUGUUGAAUUUCAGAAAGGUUUCGGAGAAGUUUUGUUCUCUCUUGCUUAUUUAUCACAUGCUCAACGGCUUUCCAUGAACAUUUUCAAAGUUCGUAACAUUCGAUGUCGGAAUGAAAAAGAAGGAAGUUAGUCUAACUCUAAAAUCAAUAUCAAAAUCCAUUAAAAAAAUGUUAUUUUAGACAUUGCUCUUCGUGUAACUUUACUCAGUGGUGGUGAAAAAACAUUGAAGAAAAAGAAAACCAGUUCGAAAAAACUUCAAAGAUCUGUGCAAUAUAACGAAUGUUUGACUUUCACAAUUCCAAAACAUACCUUGUGUGAUGUUUUAUUGGCUGUUGAGGUACAUUUAAUUCUAAAAAUUAUUAUCCAAUAAAAAUCGAUAUUUUUAGUUGAUAACCGAAACUGGAACGUUUGGAAUUGCAUCAAGAACAAUUGCUAGAAUGCAAGUUCCAUUGAGCAAGUGAGUUUUCCUUUCAAGAUGAUGGUUAUUGAAGUUUGAAAUUUUUCAGAUGUAAAGAUUUAUGGAGAGCAAUCAUUCGGGAAGAGAAAUCUCAAGCGCGAUGGUAUUCUUUUGAAGAACCUUAA